GGUUCCGGGUACUGGUUCCCACACCACUGCCUCGUGUGGGGUUGUUCGCCCGUGAAGGGGCAGGACAGGGUGCGCGCUGGUGGAGGUUAGUGAGGUCACACACCGGGCCGUGGCGCCUGGUGCGCUGGGCGCUUCCACCUCAACCUUCGUAGCAAACCCAGCGGGGUUCUGUGCCUGCGCACCGUGGUUCCUGUGUUCGUUUACUGUCCCGUUUCUCACUCCGGAAAGUGUGGCUUUGAGUUUGAUCUGCAGGAGUAGGACGGGCACAGCGGGUGUCUGGUCUUCCUCGCACCAUAAAUCGCAGAGCGAGCCCUCUGUGGUCUCUGGAUACAGUAUACCAAAGUUAGAUUAACUGUACUCCUUCUCACAAGCCGGUCCAACGUUUGCAGCAGUGAAAAAGCCCUAAGUGUCAGGGCCUUUGGCGAAGCCUGUGUAAGGGAAUAAACACUUUCCCCAGUUUUCCAGGCGCAAACUGAUGGUUUUGGAGCAUUAAGGUCUGGUCGGAUGGGGCAGGAUGGCUGCGUUGACACGUCUUAUUUAAUCCACAUCAUAGACAGUCUCGGCCUUGAGGAACCCCCUUCGUCUCCGGUCCCCCAGCCAACCUUCCUCCGCUCCCCGCGCCCUCCCCGGAGAACCCCACUGUCACUCGCGAUGCUCCGAAGACCCGGGAACUGGGCGAGGAAGGCGGUGGCCGCCUUUUUCCAGCUGGGGGGAACAAUCCUGCACCAUGACUCAACAGCCACUUCGAGGAGUGACCAGCCUGCGUUUCAACCAAGACCAAAGCUGCUUUUGCUGCGCCAUGGAGACAGGUGUGCGCAUCUACAACGUGGAGCCCUUGAUGGAGAAGGGGCAUCUGGACCACGAGCAGGUGGGCAGCAUGGGCUUGGUGGAGAUGCUGCACCGCUCCAACCUUCUGGCCUUGGUGGGCGGUGGUAGUAGUCCCAAGUUCUCAGAGAUCUCAGUGCUGAUCUGGGACGAUGCCCGGGAGGGCAAGGACUCCAAGGAGAAGCUGGUGCUGGAGUUCACCUUCACCAAGCCAGUGCUUUCUGUGCGCAUGCGCCAUGACAAGAUCGUGAUCGUGCUGAAGAACCGCAUCUAUGUGUACUCCUUCCCCGACAAUCCCCGAAAGCUGUUUGAGUUUGAUACCCGGGACAACCCCAAGGGGCUCUGUGACCUCUGCCCCAGCCUGGAGAAGCAACUGUUAGUGUUCCCGGGACACAAGUGUGGGAGUCUGCAACUUGUGGACCUGGCGAGCACAAAGCCUGGCACCUCGUCUGCUCCAUUCACGAUCAAUGCACAUCAGAGUGACAUAGCCUGUGUGUCUCUAAACCAGCCAGGCACUGUAGUGGCCUCAGCCUCCCAGAAGGGUACCCUUAUUCGCCUCUUUGACACACAAUCCAAGGAGAAACUGGUGGAGCUGCGCCGAGGCACUGACCCUGCCACCCUCUACUGCAUUAACUUCAGCCACGACUCCUCCUUCCUCUGCGCUUCCAGUGAUAAGGGCACUGUCCAUAUCUUUGCUCUCAAGGAUACCCGCCUCAACCGCCGCUCCGCGCUGGCUCGCGUGGGCAAGGUGGGGCCUAUGAUUGGGCAGUACGUGGACUCUCAGUGGAGCCUGGCGAGCUUCACUGUGCCUGCUGAGUCAGCUUGCAUCUGCGCCUUCGGUCGCAAUACUUCCAAGAACGUCAACUCUGUCAUUGCCAUCUGCGUAGAUGGGACCUUCCACAAAUAUGUCUUCACUCCUGAUGGAAACUGCAACAGAGAGGCUUUCGACGUGUACCUUGACAUCUGUGAUGAUGAUGACUUUUAAGGACCCUGGGGGCUGUGCUAGGGACCUGCAGUGGCAGAACUGCAGAGCUGAGCCUUGGCAGUGGGGCGUGCUUGGAAGCCACCAGCCAGCAAGCAUUAAUGGGGCUGGUGCCCACUUUCCACUCAGCAGAGCUAUGUCUAAAUAAAGAGCUCACUUCCCCCCAGCACUUCUUGAUGACUGUGUGCCCCAAGGGCCAGGCCAGAGACCCAGGAAGGCAGCGACCCCUUGGGAUCCCUAACCUGGAGGAAAUUGCCAGGGACCCAGAGGGAGUGCCCUAAUCCAACCUGGGGAUUUUUUAAAAGCUUCCUAGGAAGAGAUGAUCUCCGAUGUGAUGAAUACGAAUAAAAGGCCCUUAAUGGCA